AUGAGAACAAACCUGUCGACUUGUACCAGUACCAUAUGGCGUAAACGUACAAUUUUUCAGGAAGGGGCCAGCUUGGAGGCAUGCGUGGAAUGCGUUCAAUUUGCACCGUUUAAUUCAUGGUUGGCUGUUGGCCGAAAUGAUGGCACGUUGUGUAUUUACGAGACUGCAUCUUCUUCGCCACGUAGCUUAUACAGGGCUCCUUCGCCACAGGCUAUGGUUCGUGCAUUGUGGUCAAUGGAAGGUAACACGCCAUUUCUGUGUGUUGGAUCAGUGGACUGUUUUGUUAGAAUAUUUGAUGCUAGAGAUGGGUCGCUAUACAAAGAGCUGGGCAACGGUACGGACGAAAUUUUGGAUAUGGUGAUUUUGGGGUCGAAUCCUUUGCGUUUAAUGACAGCUGGAAGCAGCGGCGAAUGUCACAUCCACGAUGACUAUUUGCAGAUGACUUACUACCAGAUGUACAGAAAUACAACCCUAGGAGAGGCGUUGCAGAAAACACUAGAUGAUCUCGUGCACGAACAGAUGAUUCCACCACAGCUUGCUGUCAAAGUUCUAGCUAUUUAUGACAAAGCGAUCAACAAAGCACUCGCUCAGAAGGCCAAAAACAAGAUGUACUUCAAGGCAAGUCCUGUUUAUUGCUUUCAACGGAUUGUAUGA